GGCGGCACAGGAAAAAAUAAAAGGGGUGAGAGGUGGCUGCGAAUGCUGCGGUGGGGCACCCCAUGGGCAGCCUCUCUGCAAGUGCUGUGUCUUCCCUCGACAGAGUCAGCGGGUUGCAGCUCCCCCGGGGGGUGCGCGGUAGGGCCGGCGGGCGGCUCCGAUAUCCAAUCUCCGAAUUGGAGAGAAAUCGCCUGUCCAAUAUUUCCACAUUAAUAAUUUUAUGGUUUUGUAACGUCAGUUUAUCAGAACCGGGAGCCCCUCUGAAUCCGCUAAGGAGGAUUGCUUUUAAUUGCUCACUAACGAGGAUGUUGCUAUUUUCCCAGGAGCAGCCAUUCCCGCAGCUAAAUCACAGGAGCCCUAGACAGACCGGAGCCGACAAAAAUGAAGAGAGACCCAGCUGCCCCGGGUGCCGUCCGUCUCCCUUCCCUCCCGGGAGCGGCCCCUCGCGUCCCGGGGUGCGGCCCGGGAGCAGCGCCGUCACCCCUGGCAGGGGGCAGGGACCCCCCCAGCGGCUGCGUGUCCCCUGGGGCCCCGAGGCAGACAGCAGCCUGGAUUUUAGAGCUCGCCGGGAGUUUGGGAAGCGGGGACGCAGCGAGGGGCCGGCUCUGCGCUCCGCUGCUGGCAGCGAGCCUAUCGGGCGCUGGCAGCACCGAGUUUUGGGGGACUCUGCAACAUGCGGGACCUCGCUGCUAUCGGAUGUGUACGCCAUGCCUGCACCCCGGCAAGCAAGAGAGAAAAAAAAAUGUGGCCCACAAGUGGAUCAGACCAGUCCUGCACUGUUGCAUUUAGUGUAUAGCAAAACUGCCCUUGAGGAAGAUUCUGAAGACUCAAGGACUGAGGAGUUAGGACUGGGAGCUAAGGAAAGGACAUGAAUGACUUCCUUCAUAGCUUAGUUUUAAAAAGCCAGCUGCUCUCUGCAGUCAAGCCAAAAUUAAGGGGAGAUGGUCUGAGGUUUAGAAAUAAGCAGGAUAAAUUUUCAUGCCAAAUAAGAAAAAUGAGAAAUUAUCUUCACAUAUCGUAACUUGUCGUAAAAAUACACGUCUCUUUCCAGCUUUAAAAGAGGGCUUUAUAAAUUCUACAGUCUUUGAUUUGUUGUCUAUUUUAUACUGAUUUUUUAAUUCAUAUGUUCUUAAGAAAGCAUAAUGAAACACUUGAUGUGUCUAUUGUCUUGAUUAGUGCUUCAUUGUGUAAGAAUUUGGUUAUUGAAACAUACACUAAAUAUUGCACUGUAAAUUGUGUUGUGACUUAUGCAAUACCUUUUAGUAUUAAUAGAAAAAUUCAAGACUGCAAAAAUGGUAUUUAAUUUUUUAUUUUAUUUAGUUUAAUAAAAAACUCACUUGAUUGCA